UAAUGUGAUUCUUGUAAAACGAAUUUUUAUUAGCUCGAUUUCAGAACUUAUAGCACCACUCCUUGACCACUAUUUUGGUCUGAAUGCUCGUUCAUUAAAAGUCAUGGUGUAAAAACUGUGAUUUUAUACGAAAAAAUAAUGUGUGCAAAUAAUGAGAGGAUUCUAAUGUGACGUAACAUUCAUACUGGAUAUUUACAACGCUAUAUUGAGAUAAAAAUGACAUAAAAAAUGUCUGGCGGCAAGAACAAACGCUCGAAGCGUCAUGAGGGCUGGGAGGAAGCAGGGGGUGAGUUCUACCAAGAACUCUACCCCGGGGGUGAACAGGAACUAUUUGAGAACUUACAGAGGGCUGAUGCAGCUAAAUUGGCAACUCUACUGCCUUCGAAGCAGGCCAGGAAUACGACCACGUCAAAGCGCGCGCGGUCGCAGAACGAGCGCAGACAAUCGACCUUCGCGCGCACAACGCAGAGUCGCGACAUACACCUCUCCAUGUUGCCGGACUUAUCAGAAAAUCUGUCAAAUGAGGAACGGACUUGGGAGGAGAUCAUGCAGAUUAAAGCCAUGCCGGUGCCCAUGAAUCAGAAACUCGAAAUAAAAUCAAGACUACAGAAUGCGACAAAACUUCGUCUACAGGGUUUGGAACAAUUGCAAUGGAGGCAGCGCAAAGUGUUGCAUCGAUUUCGGAUACGUUUCGCGGAAAUCGUCGGCAAACUGGAAUUAUGGCAAUCAGCCUUGCGGGAAAUCGAGGGGAAGUUCGGAACGGGCGUCGUGUCGUAUUUCCUGUUCCUGAGGUGGUUGUUGUUUCUAAACUUAGCGAUAUCGAUAUUCGUCGUAACGUUCCUUAUUCUGCCAAAUGUGUUUCUCGUCGAAGUCGAACACGACUGCGACGAGUUCGUCGAGAAUUCAACAAUAUGCUGUUCACAGGCUUACUUGCAGCGGAACUUGACGGACAACAACGUGAUAUUAGACUUAAUUCAGGGUACGGGCUGGAUGGAACGCACGAUUCUAUUCUACGGCGUCUAUAGUGACCAAGUUUACUCUUACUUCGUUAAAAAACUGUGGGACGCCGAAAUGUUCUACAACAUGCCCUUAGCGUAUAUUUUAAUACCCAUAUCCUGGAUCCUUUUCUCCCUGAUAGCCAUCGUCAAAACGGCAGCUAAGGGGUUCAAGGAGAGAUUAGUGGAAAACGAAGGGCAGUUCUACAUGUACUGCAAUCUUGUGUUCGGGGGCUGGGAUUUUUGUAUCCAUAACGAUAAAUCAGCUAAAAUUAAACACAAAGCGUUGUACAACGAAGUCAAAGGAUGCUUGGAAGAAGAGAAGUACAAAGAAGAGAAGCAGUCGCGAACGAGAGAGAGCCAAAUACUCAUGCAUUUAAAGAGGAUACUCAUUAACUUAUUAGUUUUCGUAAUACUCGUCGGUUCUGGGAUUCUUAUAUACGUAGUUUUCAACCAAGCGAUGGACAAGUUGAAUGAGGAACAGUUCAGUUCAAUGGAAAUCGAAUUCGAAAAUAUUACGGAAAAAUCGACCUUAAGUCCAUAUAGGGACAAUUCAUAUUCGAUCUGGCGGUUUCGUAACACGUUGCUCGAAUUUCUUCCAUUUAUAGCUAUAGGGGUUUUGAAUAUAUUCAUACCGGAAAUAUUCGGUUAUUUGAUAAAAUUCGAAACGUAUACGCCGGCUAAUGCGAUUAUAAUUACGCUGCUAAGAACCGUUUUGUUACGGUUAUCGUCGCUGGCUGUUCUGCUCAGUCAAAUAUACAUACAAAUCUCUGAUCCUGAUAGAGUUAGAUGUGCGGUUUUCGACGAGGAGUUCAGACAGGAGUGCUGGGAAACAUACGUCGGGCAGCAGUUGUAUAAGCUGCUCUUGACGGAUUUCGCGUUACAGUUCGUGAUGACGUUCUUCAUCAAUCUCCCGAGGUCUUUCAUAGCCAGACACAGCAACAGCAGGUGCUUAAAGAUAAUCGGCACGCAGGAUUUUUAUCUUCCAAAACACGUUUUAGACAUAGUUUAUGUCCAGACCAUAGUUUGGAUGGGCGCAUUUUUCUGUCCGUUUCUACCAAUCAUCGGUACAAUAUUCUGUUUUCUCAUAUUCUACAUAAAAAAAUUCGCCUGCUUAACGAAUUGUACGCCGUCUCCGAUCGUGUACAAAGCGUCUAAGUCGAAGUCAUUGUUUAUGUCGGUUUUGCUGCUCGGAUUUGUGAUAUCGAUCUUGCCAGUUGCGUAUUCGGUAGCUGAAAUAUCGCCAUCUUGGAACUGCGGUCCGUUCAGAGGUUACGAGACCGUUUGGUCUUUUGUUGUGGAAACCUUCGAGGCGUUUCCAUAUUUGAUCAGGGAGUUCGUUUUCCUGAUUGGUACAUCGACAUUCGCUGUCCCAGCGUUCGCUAUAUUAUUAUUCUUUUUGUAUUAUUACUGGGCCGUGGCCGCAGCCAAUAGGCAUAUGGUUGAAGUCCUUAAGAACCAGCUGGUUUUAGAAGGUCACGAUAAGCAGUUCUUGCUGAACAGGCUAAGCGCCUUCAUAAGACAGCACCAGAAGAGAUGUGAGAGGCGAAAUAGAGCCAGUUUUGCGGAUGAUGACUCCUCUAUUCAACAUAGUUCUAGAUAAAACACUUAGUUGUCUAUGGUUCAGGACGAUCUAAUUUUGACAUCACAUUAUGCGAAAAAAGUGCCAAUAUCCAAAUACGAUUAUAAAUAGACACAUUUAAAGUGCCAUAUACCAGUGUUCGUUGUUUUUUUGGCACUUAUUUCAUUAAAUUCAAAUCUCUGAAACUUCGGAUAUCGAAUGGCCCAAGUUUCGGAAAAUGUACAAAUUCGAUUGAAAUUGAUCAUUCUACAUUCCUUCUUUGAUUUCGUCUUUUUCAUUAUCCUACAAUUUUUUUUUAGCUUUUGCUACGCCUGAGUUUGAUACGUUUGACGAGCAUUCCAGAUUCAUGCAGCAUUGGACUAGUCAACUAAGUUUUCUUUAAUUAUGUUUCUUAUUCCAUUUUAAUUAUCUUUUUGCAAUCCAAAUAGAUUUUUUCUUAUAUUACGCUCUCUCGCUGUGAAUUUUCACUUAAAAUGCUGGCAAUGUUUGCGUUUUCAUCUUUUUGUCAUUCUUCAGAAAGUCACGCACAAAUGCACAGUUUCGUAAACUUUUGCCACCAACAUAUGUUGACAACACAAAAUUUACUUUGUGACGACUCAGCUUUACGUAAUUGACGCUAUGUUGUAAGUAAUAACUGUACAUAGCAUUUAUUAGUUUAAUUUAGUUUAGUGAUCUCAGUAAAUUUAAAAUAUACACAUUUAAAUUUAAGAUUUCAUUAAUGAAAUAGUCAAAUGUUGUAUCCGAGUUAGCUUGGUCUAGGUCUUAAAACAGUGCCUGUAGUGAGUAGCUUAGGUUCCUAAAACUAAGACAUCUCCAUACGAAUAAUUUAAUUACAUUGAAUUGAAUACAAUAAUUUUGUUGCGUUGUUUUA